GCACUUCCUUGUACGAUGUCAUUGAAUCCCCGCCCUGUUAUUAACGAAUCAAACCGUGUAGGGGGUGUGUGUGUGAAGGUGUAUUUAAAGAGCGCGAGCGCUUUGUGCCGACCGCGCAAACGAGCGGGCUGUCGGAGCAUCACCGCCUGCAGGAGCGAGCAGGUGCGGCGCAUGCGCAAAGGGAUGAACGUAGAUGGGGACUGCAGCAUGUCAGUCAACUGCGGCAAUGGCAAGCUCCGGCAGUGGCUCAUCGAGCAGAUCGACAGCGGCGAGUACCCGGGCCUGGUGUGGGAGAACGAGGAGAAAUCCAUUUUCAGGAUCCCGUGGAAGCACGCGGGAAAGCAGGACUACAAUCGAGACGAAGACGCGGCACUGUUCAAGGCCUGGGCUCUGUUUAAGGGGAAGUACAGGGAAGGUGUGGACAAGCCGGACCCCCCGACGUGGAAGACGAGACUCCGCUGCGCCCUCAACAAGAGCAACGACUUCGAUGAACUUGUGGACAGAAGCCAGCUGGACAUAUCAGACCCUUAUAAAGUCUAUAGGAUCAUCCCUGAGGGAGCGAAGAGAGGCUCCAAGGCCAGCAGCAUCGAGGACAACUCGACACACGUGCCGUCUCUCGGUUACAUGCACCCCCCUUAUCCUCCUAUCCAGCCUCAGAUGCCUAGCUACAUGCUGGCGCAGGACAGGAGAGACUGGAGAGACUUCGCUCCCGAGCAGCCGCACCACCCGCCACCUCACGCAGAGAUACCGUACAGUCCGUAUCCGUCCCGGCCGCUGCAGUGGCACACGCAAACCUGCGACAACGGGUACCAGAUAUCCGGAUCCUUCUACACGUACACCCAUUCAGAGUCGCAUCCCGUGUCCGUGGACCCGAGUAUGAGAUCCGCAGAGACCAUGGCUCUCUCUGACUUCCGCCUGCACGUGUCACUGUACUACCGCGAAUCUCUGGUAAAAGAGGUCACCACCACCAGUCCUGAAGGUUGCCGGAUCUCGUCCUCACCCUCCCCGUCCUCUCCGUCCUCCCCGUCGUCCCCGUGUGUAGAGGAGAGGCCAUUCGGCCAUCCCGAACCCGUGCUCUUCCCGUUCCCGUACCCUCAGUCUCAGCGGCGCGGUGCUGAUAAGCUUCCCAACGUGCUGGAGCGUGGCGUGCUGCUCUGGCUCACGCCUGAUGGACUCUAUGCCAAGCGCCUGUGCCAGGGCAGGGUGUACUGGCAAGGACCGCUAGCGCCGUACUCGGACAAACCCAACAAGCUGGAGAAGGAGCAGACCUGCAAGCUCCUGGACACGCAGCACUUCCUGUCAGAGUUGCAGGGUUACAUCCAUAACGGACGUCCAAUGCCCAGGUACCAGGUGGUGCUCUGCUUUGGAGAUGAAUAUCCAGAUCCUCAGCGACAGAGCAAGAUGAUCACAGCUCAGGUGGAGCCGAUGUUUGCCAGACAGUUGGUGUACUACGCUGGUCAGACCAACGGGCAUUACCUGCGGGGAUACGAGCUGCCCACUCAGGGAUCCCUGCCCGUGGAGGAGUAUCCGAGGAGUCUGCAGCACAUGCAGGAGUGACGUCAUGGCCUGAACGGCCUGAAACAAACUUAUCCAUGGACGCUCAUUUCCCCCCAAAAUUCCACGCUGUUUCACAUCUGCAAAAACGCCUUCCAGACCCAGCGGGCAGGAGGAGACGAGACGGGGCGGUAACGAUAUGUCACAGACGCCCGUCUACCUCCAACAGACUCGUGAACAGUAAACUCAAAGCUGUGCGCCAAAAAGGCAUGAAUUGUAAUACUGAGCAACUGUUCGAUAUACAGUAUAAAUAUGCAUUCCAAACUCUCAAAUACUGUCCUUGGUAACUUUUGUUUUUAUUUUUAUUGGAAAUUCAUAUUACUUUUAUACUUUGUGUAGAAUGUUCAUCUAAUUUCACUUUUUUUCCCUUUGAAAAAUCAGCUGCCUGUUCUUUGCAAUCGAAAAACCGAGCUAAAAUGCUUCCUGUUUACAACUUGAUCAGUCGUCUAUUUAUAUUUGUACUGUAUAUUGUGUAUGAUGUGUGUGUGUGUGUGUGUGUGUGUGUGUGUGUGUGUGUGUGUGUGUGUGGUGUGUGUGUGUGGUGUGAAUUCUGCAGGCGUCUAAUCUUGAAUGUAAUUCUUUUUCCUUGAAUGAAGUCUCUGUUGAAGUCCCCAAUACUAAGAAAUUGAGCUUCAAGACUUACUGUUAUUCACAAGCCUGAACCUUUAAUCAGAGACAGCCAUCUUUUUCUGGUGCUCAGCAUGUAUAUGUGUGUGUGUGUGUGUGUGUGGUAGACUUUGUACUUAUGGGAAACUGUCACAUGCAGGUUACUGGCCACAAUGUUGUACACAUCGAUGUAGAAUGGUGUAGAAAGGUCGAGAGAAGAGGUGAGGGGAAAGACAACAGUGUCACUAUUUUUCUACUUUUCUCUCUUUAAAAAAACAAAACAAAACAAAAAAACAGGAAAGAUUUGUGAAGCUGUAUUUUUUUACCCUGUUAUUAUUAAUACUUUUCUAUAAUCAUACAACAAAUCAAAAUAAAGAUUUCUCUUUUUCAUAA